ACUCAGGCCAAAUCCCGGACCGGCCCAAGAACGGCCCAAGACCCGGACCAGGACCAGAACCGGCCCCGUGCCCGCCUCCACCCCCGCCCCCCCUCCUCUCCUAUUCGUGCGCGCGCGUGUCCGGAGCGGGCACGCGCACAGAACCGUGGCAUGGAGCUGCGCGUACCGGCCUGCUCCACCUAGCCCCGGGACCUGGUCUAGACCUGGUUUAGUCCCGGUUUAGUGCGACUCCAGGUCUGGGAUUGAACACUUCCGAACCGAGCCUCUUCAUCUAGACUUUACACGCUCCCGAGGCGCCUUCCGCGGCCUCAUCCCCGGGACACACAGCCGCGGAACACACAGCCUCGGGACAGCCAACUCCGGGAUAGCCAGCCUCGGGGCACCCAGCAACGUGUCACCCAGGCCCCGGACACCCAGGCCCCGGACACCCAGCCAUCGGACACCCAGUCCCGAGACACCCAGCCAGACCUGCGAGCUGUCCUGAAAUCUGUGCCCGGAAAACACGCUCCAAUCCUGCACUCUCAGGCUCUGAGCCGGUCUCAGGAUGUCGGCGCCGCGGCAGACCUCAUCAGUGACCCCGGCGGAGCAGCGGCUGCAGACCCUGUCGGCACUCCUGUCAGACCCGUUGCGCCUGUCAGACCUGGGGGCGGAGGUUCUGGGAGUGGAGACUCUUUUGGAUCUUCUGCUGUGCUUCUGCUCUGAGUGCAGUCAAACGCCACUGAGGCGUGAGAAACAUGUACAGGACUUCCUCGAGAGCGUUCGUCCGUUCACAGAGAGAGUGAGGGAGCUGCGUUUGCACCGAGAUGAUUUUGAGAUCCUCAAAGUGAUUGGGAGAGGAGCUUUUGGAGAGGUUGCCGUGGUGAAGUUGAAAAACACAGAGAGAGUCUUUGCCAUGAAAAUCCUCAACAAGUGGGAGAUGUUAAAGAGAGCUGAGACGGCGUGUUUUAAAGAGGAGCGCGAUGUUCUGGUCAAAGGCGACUCUCAGUGGAUCACAGCUCUGCACUACGCCUUUCAGGAUGACAACUAUCUGUACUUGGUGAUGGACUACUACGUUGGAGGAGAUCUUCUGACUCUUCUGUCUAAGUUUGAGGAUCGUCUUCCAGAGGAAAUGGCAAAGUUCUAUGUAGCUGAGAUGGUCCUGGCCAUUCACUCCAUCCACCAGCAGGGCUAUGUGCACAGAGACAUAAAACCGGACAACGUCCUGCUGGACGUGAACGGACACAUCCGAUUGGCAGAUUUUGGAUCCUGUCUGAGAAUGCUGGAGGACGGAACGGUCCAGUCCUCGGUGGCAGUGGGGACUCCAGACUAUAUUUCUCCUGAGAUCCUUCAGGCAAUGGAGGCGGGCCGGGGACGCUAUGGGCCCGAGUGCGACUGGUGGUCUCUGGGUGUGUGCGUGUACGAGAUGCUCUAUGGAGAGACGCCAUUUUAUGCCGAGUCACUGCUCGAGACCUACGGCAAAAUCAUGAACCAUCAGGACCGCCUGGUCUUCCCCGCUCACGUCUCCGAUGUCUCAGACUCAGCUCGGGACCUAAUCCAGCGUCUGCUCUGUCCUCGAGAGUCCAGACUGGGACUCGGGGGAAUCCAGGACUUCAAAGAGCACACGUUUUUCUCUGGUAUCGACUGGGACCGAAUCCGGAUCAUGGCGGCUCCGUACAUCCCAGAAGUCUCCUCCCCCACGGACACAUCCAAUUUCGACGUAGAUGAUGAGACGCUCAAGAACCCCGAGGUGUUGGCUCCGGUGACUCUCAGCAGUUUCUCGGGUCAGCAGCUUCCAUUCGUGGGCUUCACCUACACCUGUCCGAGCGGACGUGGCCUGAGCCCUGCAGAUGUGACAGGUGCGACGGGUGAGGGCAUGUCCCAGGGGGUGGAGCUCGAGCAAAAGAUAAAAAAACUGGAGCGAGAGAAGCAGGAGCUGCACCAGAAACUCUCAGAAUUUUCUCAAUCUCAGACUCAAGCUGGAACUUUGUCUCGAGAGAUAAAAAAACUCAACGAAGAAAUUGAACGCCUCAAGAAGAAACUCUCAGACUCUGAUAGGCUGGAGAAGCAGCUGGAGGAGGUGGUCUCUCUGCGUCAGGAUGAAAGCUCCACUGCCAAGCUACGAGCCCUUGAGCGACAGGUGAAGAGUCUGAAGCAGGAAAAAGAAGACACGCACAAGCAGUUGCAGGAGGCGUUGGAUCGUCUCCGUGCUCAGAAUAAGGAAUUGAGAGAAGCUCAUAAACUGCGUAAACAGGCUGUGUCCGAGCUCUCAGAUCUGUCCGAGACCUUGGACCAACUUCGGACCAACGAGAAGAGACUGAACCGGACCAUCAGGGACCAACAGGAACAGGUCCAGAGUCUGCAGAGAGGAGCCGAGGAGAGCCGCUGCCUCCAGGCACGCAUCAGAGAGCUGGAGGCACUGUUGGACGAGGCACGCUCUGAGGCUCAGAAAGAAAAGAAGCUCCGAGAGAACAGCGAAGCAUUCGGACGAGAACUGCAGAGCACCAAGACUCAGGGGGCGGAGCUUAAGCCUGCUCAGGGAGCGGAGCUGCGGCGGCUUAAGGCAGAGCUCGACCGCAGUCUGGCCAACCAGGACGAGCUGCAGCGACGAGACUCCAUCCACUGUGUAGAGAUCAAAGAACUGCGCUCCCAGCUUCACCAAUCAGAGAGCGCACAGCUGUCGGCAAAUCAGGAGCUGCGUAGCCUGAGGGAGCGGCUGGAGCUGGCCAAUCAGGACAGACAAAGUGACCUGGAGGAGGCGCUGUUGGCUCUGAAGGACAAACACGAGAGAGAGAGGAGUCUGCUAACAGAAGAAAACAGAAAACUCACCUCCGAAUCCGACAAGCUGUGUUCCUUCGUGGAUCGUUUGACAGAGCAGAAUCGACAGCUGGAGGAAGAGCUUCAGGAGCUGUCGUCCAAAAAGGAGAGUGUGAGUCACUGGGAGGCCCAGAUUGCCGAGAUCAUCCAGUGGGUGAGUGAUGAGAAGGAUGCUCGUGGAUACCUUCAGGCUUUGGCCUCAAAAAUGACGGAGGAACUGGAGUCCCUGAAGACGACGAGUCUCGGGCCAAGGAACAUGGACCCUCUGUGGAAAGUGCGGCGUUCACAGAAGCUGGACAUGUCGGUGCGUUUGGAGCUGCAGUCGGCUCUGGACGCUGAGAUCAGAGCCAAACAACUGCUCCAGGAAGAACUACGGAAGGUCAAAGGUCACUGCGCCGGGCUGGAGAGUAAAGUCAAAGAUCUGGAGGAAAAGUCCAAACAGACUCAGGACCAACUGGAGACUCUGCAGAAAGAACUGGACCAGAACCGGACCGGAUCAGGUUUGAAUUUGGACUUUCAGGACUCUCUGUUCGAGUACUUUAACACGUCUCCUCUGGCGCCAGAACUGACCUUCAAACCCUCAGACCUCGACUCCUCCCCGAAAGAGGCCACGACCCCCUCACCUGCUGCCUCACCUGAGCAACAGGUUGUGAUGUCACAGCCUGUCCCGGAAAGACCCGCCCCCUCUGCCACAAGCCACACACCCCUUCAGCCACGCGCUCACCAGCUCAGCAUCAAAACCUUCAGCUCUCCACCUCAGUGCAGCCACUGCAGUGCCCUCAUGACCGGACUUACACGGCAAGGCUACGGCUGUGAGGUCUGCUCGUUCGUGUGUCAUGUGACCUGCCGAGACCACGCCCCUCAAAUCUGUCCAAUCCCGUCGGAGCUGCGGCCAGCGGGAGUUGAUGUCCAGAGAGGCAUCGGCACCGCCUACAAGGGCUACGUCCGGGUGCCGAAGCCCAGUGGGGUGAAGAAGGGCUGGCAGAGAGUCUGGGCCGUGGUGUCGGACUGUCGCUUAUUUUUCUACGACGUUCCAGAAGGAAAAUCCACUCAGCCUGGGAACGCCGCCUCCCUAGUUCUGGAUCUCAGAGAUGAGUUCUUCUCCGUCUGCUCAGUACUUCCCUCUGAUGUGAUCCACGCACCUCGGAAAGAUGUGCCCUGUAUCUUCAAGGUGCAGGUGGGGUCUCGCGAGUCCAGUCUUAGUCCGGUCUCAGUCCUGGUCUUGGCCGACUCGGAGCAGGAACAGAGAAAGUGGCUAAAGGUUCUGGAAAGUCUCCACGUUCUCCUCAAACAGAACGGUCUCCUCCAGACGCGAGUACAGCGUCCCCUGGAGGUGUACGACCCGGCACUGCCCAUGAUCAAGAGUACACUGAGUGCUGCAGUACUAGAUCGUGAGCGUGUGGUUUUGGGGACAGAGGAGGCAUUGUUUGUGGUGGAGCUGACUCGAGAUGUGAUCGUCCGAGCCUCCGACACUAAGAAGGUCUACCAGGUGGAGUUGGUUCCCCGAGAGAACCUUGUGGUUCUGGUCUGUGGUCGGACUAAACAGGUCCAUCUUCAGUCCUGGGUGGCUCUGGACGGAUCCGAGUCCAGUUUUGACAUCAAACUCACAGAGACCAAAGGCUGCCAGGCACUGACCACCGGCACCCUGCGACCAGGGGGGGCAUCCUGCCUAGUGACUGCUGUCAAGAGACAGGUGCAGUGCUUCGAGCUGACCCGUUCUAAGCCAUUCUAUCGGAGAAUGUGGGAGGUACAGGCUCCAGGACCAGUGCAGUGGUUAGGAAUGGUUUUGGACCGGAUCUGUGUGGGUUUUCCUGGAGGGUUUGCUCUCCUGGCUCUUCAGGGAGAGUCCAGUCCAGUGUCUCUGGUCUGGCCCCAGGACCCAAGUCUAGUCUUCCUGUCACAAACACCUUUGGAUGCCCUGCACGCCGCUCCACUGAGCCGCUCCAAUGAGAUCCUCCUUUGCUUCAGCCAAACUGGGGUCUAUGUGGACCACCAGGGCAGAAGAGCCAGGACCAGAGAGCUCAUGUGGGCCGGGAUCCCUACGGCCUUCAGUUCCAGUGCGACUCACCUCACAGUUUACUCAGACUACGGAGUCAACAUCUAUGACCUCCAGAGUUCAGAGUGGCUCCAGACCCUCCCCAUCAGAAGGUUGCGUCCCUUGAACUCUGAUGGAUCGUUGAACUUGCUCAGCUCUGAUCCUCCAAGACUCAUCUACCUCCAGAAAACAGAGGGAGGCACCUGGGGAGAGGGGGAACUGGCCUUGCCAGGGGUGACAGAGAGCAGCAGGAAGUUGAUGGUCCGAACCCGAAGCAAAAGAAAGUUUCUGUUUAAACUCCCUGAAGAGGAACGGCAGCAACAGAGAAGGGAGAUGCUGAGGGACCCGGAGCUUCGGUCUAAAAUGAUCUCAGGACCAACAAACUUUAACCACAUCUCACACAUGGGACCAGGGGAUGGCAUGCAGAUCCUCCGAGACCUACCUAUGAGCGUGUCUCCUCAGGAGCAGGAGCCUGUGAAUCGCUCCAGACCGUUGUCCAGUAUUUCCAGACACCAGCAGCGCAGCAAGAGCCACAUCACCAGAACGGCCUCAGAUUUCGGAGGUGGAGUUUCUUCUCGGCUGGAAUUGGACCCAGAUCUGGAGGAUUCGGACUCUGUCAAACUCUCAUCCAACAGCAGCCCACCUUCCCCUAACUCCCCCAGCUCCGCCCACCAAACCCCUGAGCUCGAGCUUGAUCUUAACCAGACCCACUUCAGCUGAGCGGGUCUGAACCAGGUCUGAACCGGAGCUGAACUGGAGCUGAACCAGACCUAAACUGGGUCUAAAUCGGGCCUAAAUCGGAUCUAAACCUGACUCUGAAUCAGGGCCCACUACACCUAGUUCAGACACUGUCUGCACCACAAGCACGACUGGAGUCUGGACAAGGAUUUAUAACUAGUCUGCAGGACUACAGUCCUGGUUCAGACUUGCUUUAGUACUGGUUCAGACCUGGUUAGCCAUGGUUGACACCUGGUUCAGACCUGCUUUGGGUCCUGGUUUACACCAGGUUCAGAAACGCAUUAGUCCUGGUUCAGACCUGAUUCAGUCUUGGGUCCAAUGUGUGCUCUGAAAAACACUCUUAACAUGACACUAGAGAAUCACUCUGGCUUCUUAACAUUUUCUCUUAAAUAUUUACUAUUGUAUCAAGUUUAUAAUUUUAAACAAUUUGAAGCUGCUGAAGGAACCUGUGCAAAUAACUUUAUCUUUAAAAACAAAUACUUUACUUUUACGUUUUACAUAGCACAAGGGGAAAUGCACGGCAGACAUUUUCUGCCAUCAAAACCACCGCUACAAAAUGGCUGCCAAUGUAUGUGUAAAAAAAUGAGAGGUUUUAUGACUUUAUGUUGAUUUUAUGGUUUUAUUUGUGCUGCUGAGGAUCGGGAACACUUUAUUUGGAUAAAACACUGUAACACGACGACAUGACACUACUGUUUUUGGUGGAAUCACUUUAAAAGAUCUUUGUAAUUAUCAAUGUUAAGAAUAAAAAUAUGUCAAAAUCA